AUGGCGGAGGGGCGCGUGCUGGUGGAGCUGAUGCCGCACCUGCGGGCGCUGAGGCCCGAGCUGUGCCGCGGCACGGGGUGGGACUCCACGCCCAUGUACGCGUACGGCGGCCUGGGCGCCGCGGCGGGCCUGCGCCACCUGUGCCUGGUGGGCCGCGCGGACGCCGGGGAGGCGGAGGCUCCCGCAUCGCUGGCGCGCGAGCUGGGCUCCUGGAUCGCCGCGCCGGUCAGGGUGGACGUGCGCGCGCUCACCGCCGUCCUCGGCAGGGCGCUCCGCUACCUGGACGCCGAGCGCGCGGCCGGGGAGUGCAAGGCGAAGUACACCGAGGACUACCGGGCGCACAAGGCCCGCGCCCUCGGGGCCUGCACGGGUCGACUCCGGGCUUCCGAGCAGAGGGGGGUCGGAGGCACCGGCGAUGCGGCCCGACGUUAA